CCCAAACAGGUCCCUAAUGCGUUUCACAUGCAUUGAGAUUUAGAGGGUGAAUAGCCGUGUCAAAGCCACUACCACGCAUGUCACCUCAUUGUGCUUCAUCCUUUCCUAUGCGAGCCAAGUGCGAGAAAUCAAGAACAAUGUUUUUCGGCCUGUGAAUGCUUGCGCGACCCGGCCCUUUGCUCGGGUUACGAUCCGAUUGUCUUCCACCAAAAAUCGAAAGAAAUCAGAGGAGAAGACGAAAUCCAGUAGCAUGCGGCUGUAUCCUAUCCAGUAAUUAAAGGUGAAGAACAAUAAUGACGACUAAGGACGUCGGCGGGGAACAGGGAGGGGAUAAUAAUCCACGGCCGCGGCCGGACGAGCAUCGCCAUCAUCAACCGCCGGCGAGAGCUGAGGACGGCAUGAGACUUUGGGGCGUUCUUGUUUUCGGAUUGAUCGGAGCUACCGCCACCACUUUCGCCGUCACUCAAUUGCGUUGGACUAUAAAUUGGGUGUAUUCUCAGUUGAGCAGGUCACAGUCAGCAUGGAAAGGUACAGCAGGACGUUCUUCCUGGAGAAGCUCUAAGGAGGAAGCCUGGAAGAGAUACCACAGGAGGAUGCAAGAAGAGCAUGAAGAAGAAAUGGAGAGAGUGGAGCGUAUACGCCGCAUGCAAAGUGUUUUCAACAGAAAGAGAGAUGCAUACAGAAAAAGCUACGAGGGAUGGGGGGCAGAGAACGGGGGUGCAUAUCAUCAACAUUUCCAGAGGAACGAUUGGUAUUGGAAAGCCGAUUCUUCACAUAGAGAGCAAGAAACUAAUUUCAGAGAGCCUUUUAAGGCUAGUGCAAAUCAUUUAUUGUCCCAUCACUAUUCUGUGUUGGGUCUCGAGAGGACAAGGACAGAGCCUUAUACAGAUGAGGAAAUAAAGAUGGCCUUUAGGACAAAGGCAAAGAAGUUCCAUCCUGACCAGAAUCAAGAUAACAAAGAGUUUGCUGAAGCAAAGUUUAAAGAAGUUUUGAAGUCGUAUGAGGCAAUAAAGUUGGAAAGGAAGAGCCGUAUGCACUGAUACAACAAGAUUCUUAUUCUGCUUUGGUUUCCCAAUGCCUGCACUCAUCUAAGGAUGGUGGCUACAAAAGUUUUUGCCAGCCAAAGUGUAUGGGGUGGUGCUUCAAGUGUACUUUCAUGUGUCUAUCAAAUAAUAUUCAAGUAUAUACUAGAUUUUUACCCCGUGCUUUUCGCGGGACAAUGCAAUCUUGCACCAAAUGUUACAUUGCUUAUGGAGUAAUCAACUGGAAAUACUAUGACAUUAUCGUAGUAUAUAUCAUGUACUCUGUAAUAUUUUAUAGAAGAUGAAGCUAUAUGGACUCUUGAUCUAUUAAGAAUUUGACUCCCCUAUUUGCAGACUGCUGGAAAUUGGGAAUCUUGUUGUCCAAGAAACAGAGGAUGAAAACCUGGAGAGUUUUCUCUGGCAAAUUUUUGAUUACCCAACUCUUCAUUCCCUGCUCGGAAUGAAACUGGGCUGGAAAUCUGGAAUCUAGUGUCUGGCCACGAGCUUUAUGUCACAGUAUGGAAGGGAAGAAGCAACAGCUUCAGGGUGUGUUGGAUGGGGGAGUAGUAGCAGUGAAAAGGCAACUUCCACGCUUUGGGGUUGCUGAAUUGGAGGGGAAUGAAGAGAAAAUGUUGAU